GGAAGGAGAAGAAUCAGAGAGACCGGGCCCUGGGGCCGGUGGAGUAGGAGAGGGGCCUAAAAGAGAAACAUGUCUGAGACAUACGACUUUCUGUUCAAGUUCCUUGUCAUUGGCAGUGCUGGGACAGGGAAGUCCUGCCUUCUUCAUCAGUUUAUUGAAAGUAAAUUUAAACAAGAUUCAAACCAUACAAUCGGAGUGGAGUUUGGAUCUCGAAUUGUAAAUGUCGCUAGUAAAUCUGUUAAGCUGCAGAUCUGGGAUACAGCAGGACAGGAGAGAUUCAGGUCGGUAACUCGUAGUUACUACAGAGGAGCAGCUGGAGCACUGCUAGUUUAUGACAUUGCAAGCCGAGAAACCUAUAAUGCUCUUACCAACUGGUUGACAGACGCCAGGACUCUGGCCAGCCCGAAUAUUAUUAUUAUCUUGUGUGGAAACAAGAAAGAUUUGGAUGCUGAUCGAGAGGUGACAUUCCUUGAGGCAUCCCGCUUCGCUCAGGAGAAUGAACUGAUGUUUUUGGAAACUAGUGCGCUGACUGGAGAGAAUGUGGAAGAAGCUUUUUUAAAAUGUGCCAGAACGAUACUAAAUAAAAUAGAAUCAGGAGAGCUUGAUCCAGAGAGGAUGUGGUCUGGGAUCCAGUAUGGCGAUGCCUCACCACGACAUGCAAAGCACUCUCAUGGCACUCAACAGCAGAACAGGCAACAGUGCAAUUGCUAAUGCAACUACAAGAAAGGAGUUUAUCAGUUUAGACAUAGCAGCUUGCCUUGGAAGCUUGCUCAUCCUUUUCCAAGUAAUUUAAAGCACUUGUCCUUACUACAGGAUUCAUCUUGUUCCAUGUUCUGUGUUUGGAAGCCCAUGUGACGGCAUCCUUCCUGAUAUGGCUCCUUACGCACUAAAAACAUUGGAGAGAAGUAUCACAUCUUUGUCAGUCACUGUGACCACCAUUUCCUCCAAGUGGAUGAAAAGCCAAAUAAUUCAGCCCAGUGUCAGCUCCCAUUCCAUCCCAAGAAGGAACUGUGGUUAUUAUAAUAAACAUACAUAUGUAAGCACCAAAAAAUUAAAUGUUAUAUAUUACAGUAAUCAGGAUCAAAGGAACACAGUAGUCAGUGUACUCCUUAUGCAUGAAGAAUGAUUGCUAUUUGUGCUCCCAAUGCACCCUGUAUCAGAGCUGACAUUUAAUACAUAUAAUUUUUGUAUUAGAUCAGCUUUUUUUGCUGCAUAUACCCAGUUUAUUAAGACCAGUGUACACACACCUAAAUAUAUACUGAUGUAGAAAUUCUUGUUCAUUUUAGUUUUAUCUUGGCAACUGCAGUUUGUCAUAGAUCUUUCCUUGGAGGCAAAUAAUCUUUGGUUCUACUGUAUUUUAUAUUUAUAUGGGUGCUUGUUGUGAGUUUAUGCAUAACCUCUGCCCCUCCGGUUGUUGAAAAAUAGCCACAGCUGCAGUGUAAGGUUUGUCAUUAUCAUCCUAUGCAUUUCACAACAGUUAUCUGGUUCAGCUUUACUCCAGCUGUAAAAUAUACUGUAUUCUAAUGCUACAAAUCAAUAUCCUCUGUGAAGUCAUACUGUAACAUUUGAAUAUCUACAGUCAUGAAAGAAAUCAACAUCUUGCUAAAACUUGAGAUAUGUUAAGGUUUUUUUCCUCCUCACUCCACUUUAUCUUCUGUCUUAAGGAGUGCAAAGGAAAGUUAUGCCUCUUAGCCUUCUGAAAUGCAUGGCAAGCAAAAUUCAAUUGACUGCCGAAAACCUUAUAUCUGAGGGUUACAGCAUGCCCUUUUAUAUCCAGCUGAGAUAUUUAUGUGAGUUCUUGAAAUUUGUAGGCCAUGAUUACAUGAUACAAAAUUUUACUGCAUAAUGUUACAGCUACAUCAGAAAGCUUCAUGUUUUCAUCUGCUGCUGUUCAUAUUUUUUUUUCAGUUUUUAAUUAUAUAAUUCUCCAUUGUGAUAAUGUGUGCUAUCAUUUUAAUGCCUUUAAAUUAAGUGCAAGAUUCUUAUGAAAAUUUUACUUUAGUGUACUUUCACUGAAAACUUGGCUGGCAUAACAUCUUGCAUAGGAAAGUGCAUAUAUGCGUGUGUGGGUGCUUGAAUGUAUGUAUGCAUGUAUCUCCUAGAAACAUUCCUCGCCUACACUCCUUAGUUAUCACUGAGAUGGACGUUACAAGAAAUUAUGCUGUACUAUAUUUUUGCAUCGUUUAAAUUGGUUGUGUAUUAAAUAAAACCUGACUAAGAUUUGGUUUGUGCCACUCAGAGAGAAAUGCUGGAAAAAUUGCAUGCAAUUCCUUAUACUGAACAGAAUGCUGGAAGCACUGAAUUGUUGUUAUUCAAGAGAAAAUAAUAUGAUUCUUACAGAUUAUCGUUACCAUUUCAUAGAUCUUUUGGCUCUUUUAUAUCAUAAAUAUGCCAGUCCUUGGCUCAGUCACUUCUUACAUGGUACCAACUGUUUAAACUAAUUGACUGGUUGACACCACUUCUACCUUUAACCUAUUAAAUAUGUUACUCGUUUUUCAGAAAGUGACUUUAAUUACAAACCAAAACCAUUGGAAUAUAGUGCAUGCUGCAUAAAACCAAAAUGUAGGCUUUAAUGUAGUACUAACUGCUCCAUGUUUAUUUCAUACUGUAUAAAGAUGGUUUUAACAUGGAAGCAAUAAGAAGCAUUUAAAUGACAGGGAAAGCUAAAUAAAAAGUACUGCCUAUAACAAAAUCCACUUCAUUUUAUUCUAAAAUUGCUUACUUACAACUUUCCCACCUUCAUCUGCAUAAAACUAAAACUUUCUGCAAAUCUUCUACUUGGCUUAUAUCUACCCAUACUGCAAUUGUCCUCUAUCCUAAAGCCAUCAGCAUAGAGCAUGCAUAAUCUAGUACGCUGAAGGCUUUUGCAUGUGCAUCAUUAAAAUGUGAAGCAGGGAACAUCAAGUAGAGAAUUUCAUUAUAAUGGGCACUGUAAACCAAAGCACCCUACAGCUUUUCAAUAUGCACUUUGUAAAUCUAGUGUUUUAAAGGGAAUGGGGGUGUUGUUGUGAGUAAAAGGUGAUUUUGGUAUUUUACUUCUCCUUUAAUACAAUAUUUUAUGAGAGUAUCCAUUUAAUAUAAAGCCUACACACUGACUUUCUAUAAAGGAUUGUCUAUCAUAGACGGGACUUGGCAACUACUGUUUCUUAUAUAGCAUAGAACUGUCAAUCCCAUUUAUGACGUCACUGGUGUUGCUAGAUCACUAGAGUCAUAAUCUCUUAAAAUAUUCUACAUUGUGUGUUAGGCAUAAGAGCCUUAGCCCAAAUCUGGCCUCCCAAAAUGAAGUUGAUAGGACAAGAACACACAUUUGUAUAAUCUUUAAUAUGGGAUUCAUUUCUCCAGGUCUUUAGUCUAAAGUUUCCAUCAAUGAAGCUUUGUUACAAAUUAGCAAACCCAUUUAAACAUUAAACCUAUCUCUGUUAUCAUGGCGUGCUGCUUCAUGGUAGGACUUACAAAUGACAUGGCAUUGUCACUAAUUAAUCUGUGCAUCUAUAUCACAUACAUAAACGGUUAGUGACUCUGCAUGGCUUGUCCUUGUGAUUCAGUUGUUGACCACAAUACCAGAUACUGGGAUCAGCCUUUUUCAGACCAACACUUGGAUGGUUAGAUCUAGUGAAGCAUUGAUGACCUGGCCAAAACCAAAAAAAAUAUUUUUUAACCCAGCAGUUUGAUUCUUCUUAAGGUCCCCAUAGACACAAAGAUUUCUCUUGCCGAACGACCGAUUUUAGUGAAGUCCGACCAAUCCAUCGAAAUUAUCGUGCGGUUAGUGGGAUUUGAACGAUCGAACAUCUUACGAUUUUUCGGCCGACAUCUGUCAGAAAAUUGAUCGGCCAGGUUAAAAAAUCUUUAUCGUCCCAGUGCAAUCUAUCUAUGUUUGCAGGGACAAGCAGGCAGCUCCCCUUUGUUUUCCUGGCAAAUUGGUCUUUUUAGUUGAUGGAAAAUUUGUACGAUCGUUUCGAGGUAAUCGUGGUCUCACGAUGAUGAUCUUUUUAAAAUCUUUACAUCUAUGGCCAGUCCAGGAGAGGUCUAAUGUUUCAUCUGGGGCUCAGUUUAAUCAUAAGAAGGCUACUGUACAUAUAUUUGAAAACAUUGCUGUAUUAGCCAUUUAGGCAUUAUUUCGAAAAAUAUCUAUUACUGCAAAUAAGCUUUCAUUGUAAUUGAGCAUCAGGCUAAGUUUUCUAGGAGAAACGAAGAAAGGGUUUCCAUCUAAAGUAUUAACAUCUCACUAUGAAUAGGUGUUCUGGAAACCACAAGGAACUGACCCAUAGCACUCCAUGUAUCCGUUCAUAACCCUAACAAACUGACACGUACACAUACGCUUGUGUUUUCCUAAGAAAACUAUAAUGAGAAUUUUGCGUGACAAUCUCCUCUUGUCUUCCUGGGAGGAAGAGGGAGGGGAGGUAGAGGAGAAAAUAGGGCAGGAAGUUUUGGUGAGAAGGUUAACUUUCCGCUGAUUUGUCUGCAUCUUCCAGGAAAAAAUUGUGUUGGAGAGUAGAGAGAUUUGGACUGUUAAAAUCAUAAUGCUUAUGGGGUUAUAAGAGCUGAUUCUCAAGUCAAAAAUUGAGAUCUGGUGGAUCCAAAGUUACUGAGAGUCAAACUAAAUGUCUUUCUAAAAAUCUAUAUACAGUAAAUAUUGGGACAGAGAUCUUUUUUCCCCACAGUUCAAAAUCAAUUGCAUUUGUCUGCGCUCAGUUUGUCAUUGUGUUUGUAAUGUGUACUCCAGUGUGCUAUAUGUAUUUGGCUAUAAAGUCUGCUGCAUUUUCUUCUGCAUGCCCGCUUCAUUGCUAUCAUCUGUAUGUCAUAAUGCAUAAAUAAUUUUCUCUACUGUUUAUAUCCGCUGCCUAAUAAACCAUUGCAUUAUUUCUAUUAUAUUCUACUGUCUUAUUCUCUUCAUCUUCACUGUUACUAAGAUAUUUAAUGUAUCUUCACCUCUGUGUUGCUCUGCAAUGGCUGAAUCUAUUGCCUGGUCUUUCAUCUCCAUAAGCUGAGUAGGCCAUCUCUCUGUAUGCCUUUUUCGUUAUCUGUUGAGAUUUUUCAUAAACGUUCACCAUCUGCCUGUCCGUUCCUAAAGUCUAGAUUUUUACUAUUUACUCAGAAUCCUUCCUGUUCUGCUCAAGAAAUAAUUGUGGUAAGCUAUUGUGUAAUAAUGAGAAAUAGUUUGUGUAGCACAUUUACAGCAAGACUUGAGCUGUACAUUAUUGAUUUAUCAAGUCUCUAUCUACUUCGAUUAAAGUUUUUCCAGAAAAAAAAAA